GAUUUAUGUGCAAUUUAAAUCAAUCUGGUCCCGAAAUCGUUGGUUGAAAGCUGGUCUCUACCAAUCGCCAUUCGUCAAGCCCCUUCCCUCCCACUUUUCUGCCUCUCCGCAUUACCUUCCCACUAUCCUCUUAUUCCUCAUCUCCUUCGUGUCACUCUCCCACAUCCACCAACAUGCCUAACAACCCAAUUCACUGACCUCAUGAAUCCAAAAUAGACACCACUGCCAUUCCUUCCACCACCGAAACCCAAUUCCAAAGCUUUCUAAGAAAAUCAAAUCUCCCCAUACUAAUAACAACUAACUAGCACCACGCAGAAACACAGUAAAUCGCAGCAACCAAUUAUGAGUUCCGUGAACCUCAACACAAGUUUCCUGUUCCACCAAGGCAGCAGAUCCAGAUCCCCAACUUUUCAUCUGUUCCACACACUCACAAAACUCCCCAUUUCUUCAAUUACCACAAAGAAGCCACAAAAAGGGAAUCGACUUUUUCCUUUUCCUUCGUUCUCGGUCUCCGCGGUGCUUACCAAAGAAGAUGUCCUCAAGGGCAAAGAUGAAAAUAAAGAGAGCGAGAAACCCGCUUUCAAUUUCAAGUCCUAUAUGGUCAAUAGAGCCACCACUGUGAACCAGGCGUUAAACGACGCCGUUUCACUCCGCGAGCCACAGAAGAUUCACGAGGCCAUGCGUUACUCUCUCCUCGCCGGCGGUAAGCGCGUCCGUCCGGUUCUCUGCCUCGCCGCUUGCGAGCUCGUCGGCGGCACCGAGGCGAUGGCGAUGCCGGCGGCGUGCGCCAUCGAGAUGAUCCACACCAUGUCCCUCAUCCACGACGACCUCCCCUGCAUGGACAACGACGACCUACGCCGUGGAAUGCCGACGAACCACAAGGUAUUCGGCGAGGACGUUGCGGUCCUCGCCGGCGAUGCGCUCCUCGCCUUCGCCUUCGAGCAUAUGGCUGUGGAUACGGCAAAGGCAGGCGUGCCGCCGGCGAGAAUCGUCAGGGCCCUCGGGGAGCUCUCGAAGGCGAUCGGAGCCGAGGGCCUCGUGGCCGGUCAGGUGGUGGACAUCGCCUCGGAAGGCAUCGCCGAUGUCGGUUUAGAGAAGCUGGAAUUCAUUCACGUCCACAAGACGGCGGCCUUGCUUGAAGGCGCGGUUGUUCUUGGAGCAAUUCUUGGCGGCGGUUCUGAUGAUGAGGUAGAGAGGCUGAGAAAGUUCGCCACGUGUAUAGGGCUUUUGUUUCAGGUCGUGGAUGACAUUCUUGAUGUCACAAAGUCCUCAGAGGAGCUUGGAAAGACUGCAGGGAAGGAUUUGGUCGCUGAUAAGGUCACAUACCCUAAAUUAUUGGGCCUGGAAAAAUCUAGAGAGUUCGCCGACGAGUUGAACAAGGAUGCUCAGGCUCAACUUGCUGCCUUUGAUCCUGAUAAGGCUGCUCCUUUGGUUUCUUUGGCUAAUUACAUUGCUUACAGGCAAAACUAGCCUCUCUUGUUGGUGUUGUAUCACAAUUGAUUAAAGUUUAAUUUGGAUUUUGUUACUUUAUAGAUAUUGAUAUAUAUCAGAUAGCGAUGUAUGGAAUAAUUCCUUCUCCUUUAGUUUGCUUAGUUCCUUUUUAUACGUAUAUUUUUGUAUUUUAUUUAUCA